AUGUCAAACUCGGCGGGAGCGCCGGGUCCUCCAUCAAAUAAUUCAACAUCUCAGGGAGAUAACUCACCGCCUACCCCGCUUGCAGAUUCAGAAACAUCAUCUGAGCAGGCGAAUGCGCCUCCGCCUACCGCAUCGUCACCACCACCGAGCCCAAGUUCUCCGCCACCUUCAUCGCCACCUCCUGAAAAAAAUAGCAGUCCUCCACCAGAUCAGUCACCACCUCCUAAUAAGUCCUCACCUCCACCAUCUUCACCACCGCCAUCAUCACCACCACCGUCUUCACCACCGCCAUCGUCAUCAUCAUCAUCAUCACCACCGUCUUCACCACAAAAUUCUCCUCCUCCUAGUUCACAAAAAUCCCCACCUCCUUCAUCCGAUCAAGCAUCUCCUCCUCCUUCAUCUUCAUUUCCAUCUCCAUCUUCAUCUCCUCCUCCUCCUGAGGAAAAAAAAUCACCAACAAAUCCGACCCCACCAAAUGGAGUUGCUGAAUCUGGAGGGGCUAAAUGGAGUCCACCACCAGCACAUACUACCCCUACGCCUCCAUCUUCAUCAACUACUCCUGGAAUCACUCCACCGCCCACUAAUUCAUCAUCAACAGCACGUGGUCCUCUAACAUCAUCCAGCUCUCCUAAUACUAAAACCCCACCAGGAUCACCCUCACCCACUAAUUCUUCUUCCAGUUCCAGGACAGUAAGCACCCCUUCAUCGACAUCCAGUUCAUCAUCAACGAGUACAGUUAAUCAAAGCACUAUUGUUGGUGCAACAGUAGCCGGUGUGUUUGUGGUCGCAUUUAUUGCCUUAUUUUUUGUGGUGAGGCGGAAGAAAAGGGGACGAGACACCUAUGCCAGCCAUUACAUGCCUCCUCCUAGUAACUUUCCUGAAAAAUCAGACGGAUAUUACUAUAGUCAGCCAUACAUGAUGGCACAUUCUGGAGCAAUGGAUCCCUACUAUGGUAACCAAGCUCAGCCAUCUCCAGUAGGAAGCUACGGAAGUCAAAGAGGAACUAGUUACCCUGGAGGGGGAUCAGACUCUGGUGUCAUAGGCGGAUCCAAGAGCUUUUUCACCUAUGAAGAAGUGAUGGAAAUAACAAAUGGAUUCGCCCGUGAAAGUGUUAUUGGCGAGGGAGGCUUUGGAUGUGUUUAUAAGGGGAAACUGCCAGAAGGGAAAGAGGUGGCCGUCAAGCAACUCAAGGCAGGUAGUGGACAGGGGGAGAGAGAAUUCAGGGCUGAAGUUGAUAUUAUCAGUCGUGUUCAUCAUCGUCAUCUAGUGUCUUUGGUGGGUUAUUGCAUUGCUGAUCGUAAUAGAUUGCUUAUCUAUGAGUUUGUUCCGAAUAACACUUUAGAGCAUCAUUUGCAUGGUGAAACUGUGCUGGAUUGGAGCAAAAGAGUCAAGAUUGCUAUAGGGGCCGCAAAGGGUUUGGCAUAUUUACAUGAAGAUUGUCAUCCAAAAAUCAUUCAUAGGGACAUUAAGUCAGCAAACAUUCUGUUGGAUGAUGAUUUUGAAGCACAGGUUGCAGACUUUGGACUUGCCAAACUAAACGACACUACUCAGACCCAUGUCUCAACUAGAGUAAUGGGGACGUUCGGGUAUUUAGCACCAGAGUACGCAUCAAGUGGAAAGCUGACUGAUAGAUCAGAUGUAUACUCAUUUGGAGUUGUUCUUCUGGAACUUUUAACUGGGCGUAAGCCAGUUGAUCCAACUCAACCUCUGGGGGAUGAGAGUUUAGUUGAAUGGGCUCGUCCUGUACUUAUGCGGGCCCUUGAAACCGGUGAUUUUGGUGAAUUAGUUGAUCCAAGGCUUGAAAAACAUUAUGUGGAGGCUGAAGUGUUCAGAAUGACUGAGGCAGCUGCUGCAUGUGUUCGCCAUUCUGCUCCAAAGAGGCCCCGCAUGGCUCAGGUUGUGAGAGCAUUGGACAGUGAAGGAGAAAUGUCGGAUCUAAGCAAUGGGGUGAAAUAUGGUCAGAGCACUGUUUACGAUUCCGGUCAAUACAAUCAAGACAUUAUGAUGUUCAGGAAAAUGGCACUUGGAGGUGGAGACAGUUCUGAAUUCAGUGGAGAAUACUCUACCAGGGAAAUGUCACAUGGAACCGUAAAUUCAGUCAAGUCCGGAAACAAUUCAAGUGAUUACACCAGUGGUGAGUCGGAAACUCGGGCCAUGAACAAUACUGGAGAGCAUAAAUAUAGUGGACCUCAGGGGCGCUAUAGUCGCCGGCUUUAA